CGUUACGCUCGUGCUAGUCCGGAAGUGAAAUGCGUGGCGUUCCCACAUGGUGAAAAUGGCUGCGAAUGAGGAAAAACAACAGGGGCACAGACCCGGCAUAUAUAAACAGAAAAAUAAAGGUCACAAACAUGGCAAGCACCGAACGAAAGGUGAACUCGAGAGAGAAAACAAAGGGAGAGUGUCUGUGACGGCCUUUACCAAGAAGCAGCGAAAGGAGCACAAGCGGAUGGACAGAAGGCACAAAGCCAACCAGCUUCGCAGGAACAAGAAAGACAUCGUUCUGACAGAGAAGCGACGUCUCGGCACCAGGGACGGACCCCCGCAUUUGGUCGCUGUGUUGUCGCUCCAUGCCGGAGUGGAUGCCGCUGCUGUUACCAAACUGCUACGAGGGGACGCUGCUGGGGGUGUCGUACAUCAGGAGCGGUGUGUCAGUGGCAUCAGUGACAGUUUCGGGCUGCUGCUGCCUCGUUUUAAGCAACGGUUCACCUUCAUAAGCCACAGCACGGCGGACAUACACUCCCUGCUGGAUGUGGCAAAGAUUGCGGAUAGCCUUGUAUUUGUGCUGGACUCUGCUGAAGGUUGGGACAGCUAUGGAGAAUACUGUCUCUCCUGCCUCUUUGCCCAGGGACUCCCCAGUCAUGCACUGGUGUGUCAGGGUGUGUCCGAUCUCCCCGUUAAGAAGAGGGUUGACUCCAGGAGAGCUCUUUCAAAGAUCACAGAGAUCCGCUUCCCUGAUGCCCGUCUCUUCCCUUUGGAUUCGGAGCAGGACGCCACUCUGCUUCUCCGACACCUAGGCAGCCAGAGACAGCGAAAGCUUGGUUUCCGCUCCAGGCGUUCCCAUCUUUUGGCCCAGAAUGUCACUUUUACACCCAACUGCCCCGCUGAGGGGACAGGUGAUGGACCCACUGACCUCGGCACCCUCUGCGUCUCUGGCUACAUCCGUGGCCGCCCUCUACAAGUUAACAGGCUGGUGCACAUCAGUGGACAUGGAGACUUUCAGCUCAGUCAGAUUGAUGGUCCACCCGAUCCUCUUCCCCUCAUCUUAACACCAGCCAGACCAGCAAAGCCUGUUAAAGAAGGAGAUGUCGACAUGCUGGACGGAGGUGAAGGCGAGGCUCCAGUCAGGGUCCUGGUGAAAGCAGACCUGUCCUGCAGGGAGAGUCUGCAGGCCGAAGCGGAGGUGGACCCCAUGGAUGGAGAGCAGACGUGGCCAACCGAGACAGAGCUUUUGGAAGCUGACGAGGCCAUUAAGAACAAACGUGUGAUGAAGGUCCCUAAAGGAACAUCAGAUUACCAGGCCGCAUGGAUUCUUGAUGAAGAGGAGGAGAAUAACGGAGACCUGGACGAAGAAAGCAGUGAAGAGGAUGACGAUGAUGAUGACAUGUUGGACGAGGCGAUGGACGGAGAGGAUGAGGACAAUAACUCUCAGGAACCAGACUCAGACAUUGAUUCAGAAGAAGAGGAGGAGGAGGAAGAAGAAGGGGAGGAGGUGUGCUCCACAGAGCGCACUGGAGCAGAUCAACGCUACGAUGAGGACAUUGAUAAGGCUGCAGAAGAAGAAGGCCUGCAGCGCUACCGCGAGGCCCGAGCCAAUGUGAUGUUUCCAGACGAGGUGGACACUCCCCUCGACAUGCCGGCUAAAAUUAGGUUCCAGCGCUACAGAGGCCUAAAGAGUUUCCGCUCCUCGCCCUGGGAUCCCAUGGAGAACUUGCCCGCCAACUACUCGCGCAUCUUCCAGUUCCAGAGCUUUGAACGCACUCGCCGCCGGAUACUGGCCGAGGCUGAAGCAGAGGACGAGGGGGCCAUGGUCGGCUGGUAUGUUACGCUGCACAUCAUCGACGUGCCUUUUUCUGUGAUGGAGAGCGUCCACUCAGGCAGACCUCUGGUUUUGGUGUCUCUCUUGCCGCAUGAACAGAAGAUGUCAGUGAUGCACCUCUUGGUGAGGAGACACCCCAGCAAUACAGAGCCGAUCAAAUCUAAAGAGGAGCUGGUGUUCCACUGUGGAUUUCGGCGGUUCAGGGCAUCUCCUAUCUUCUCUCAGAACGCUUCUGCUGACAAGCACAAGAUGGAGCGCUUCCUAAAGCCAGAUGCCCCCACCGUGGUGUCUGUGUACGCUCCAAUCACCUUCCCCCCUACAGGAGUCCUGCUCUUUAAACAAAAGAAUGAUGGCAUCCAGGACUUGGUGGCCACUGGCAGCCUGCUCAGCUGUGACCCUCGUCGUGUCACGCUGAAGAGAAUAGUGCUGAGCGGACACCCGCUCAAAAUCAAUCAGCGCUCUGCGGUUGUCCGUUACAUGUUCUUCAACCGGGAUGAUAUCUUGUGGUUCAAGCCAGUGGAGCUGCGCACAAAGUGGGGUCGAAGAGGCCACAUUAAGGAGUCAUUGGGAACACAUGGUCACAUGAAGUGCGUAUUUGACAACCAGCUGCCCUCACAGGACACUGUCCUCAUGAAUUUGUUCAAAAGAGUGUAUCCUCGCUGGACAUAUGACCCCUAUGUGCCCAUGUCUUUACCCUGGGUCAAGCGAGAGGUUACUGUGGAGAUGGACGACUUGGACAUGGAGUAGCGGAGGGUUUGGAUGACCAUACAAGAAAGACAAAGGACAUGUAUUAACGCAGAUACUGAACGUCAUUGUGAUCACAUGAGCUAUUCAAAAAGUGUAAUGUGUAUUAAACGUAACUGUUGUUAUCCAAAAUA